AUGGCAACGGGAGUGUGCGUCGGCUUGGGGUACAUCAAAAUUGAAGACACUCCAUCGCCCGACUUAGUCUGCUGGCCGCUCGAUCAGCCUGGUGUCAAUGACGUCGCUCCAGUCCCGACUGUCGAGCCCACUCUACCUCCUGUCAUCGACAGCACUCCACUCAUUGACCCACGGGACCCAGACGGCUUUCUGAAGCGAUGUUCGGGCUUCAACAAAAGCAAAAGAGUUAGGGAGCGAUGUAGCGCCGUGAUAGGCAAGAAGUCUGAACAGAGCUGCCACCCAACAUUCCUACCCACGUGUAGAGCGCAUCGCGAUCAGCAAAGCUUUGCGGGAUGGUGUCAGUACAAAAGACCAGACGGUGAAAGAUGUGGGCGACUUUUCCGAUGGACGCCGCCCUACUUUGAGCUGUGCACCGAACACCAAGGUCACCCGGAUACGCCUUGCUACUUCUUCAACCUGCCGCUGGAGCUCCGACAGGAAAUUCUUCACUACCUAAUACCAGACCGACCAAUUGGCUCUUCAACAGCCGCACUGCAUGAUGGCAAAGGCGAUGAGUUUGAUAAUCACCCUACCAGCGGUCUUAUUGAUCUGCUCUUCAGCACUGUACCUUUCACGAUUGACGUUAGGAAAGACGGAACAUUCAUGUGUGGACGUCGACUCUUGGAGCCCAGAAGAGCGGAUGGAUCGUCACAUUACCUUGUGGAAGAAGCUGAUGAGGCAAAACAAAGGUUCUUGAGGUACUUUGACUGGGCUGCUGUGAAGCACUACGUUGUUGAUAUCCUGGUUGAAAAUUGGGCAAGCGGGACUGCGCAUGCUUAUCCCAACAAUUCAUCGUGGGAUGAAGAAGUCGAGCUAUACGACAUCCGAGGUGUGUAUCUCUCACCUCAUCUCAAUUUCACACCAACUAACAUGGGCACAGACUACAUCUCCGUUGUUGUCUCCGGUAUCCUCUCCAAAUCCCACCAGCUCAACAAACUUAGCGUCCGCCUGUGUCUCGCAGACUUCUCCUGGGACCAUGCUCAGAUCCUUGCCAACACAAAGCUUAUCGUUGGCCCUUUCGAGUCGCUGCGAAACGUCCGCCAGCCCCAGAUUAUCGGCAUAUCAACAGGCAAGCCGAACCACAACUCGAUGCUGACUGUCCAGCGGCCCAUAUCCACAAACGGAAGCAGAGCGCCGAUUUGUUCGGUCCCGCCUUUGCCGAUGCAUAUGUUGCUACUCGUGCCCGGCAUGUUGGACUUUGAUGCGUAUGCAAAAUAUUGGAAGCGGUGGAUAUCUAGUAGUAAUUCUUGCGCAAUGACACCCAAGGCACCGAUUCGAGGCAUGUUCACCGAGUUCAAGAAUUUCUACACCCAUCUGGCGAACUUAGUUCCAGAGGUCACAUACAUAUCCGGUCGGCACGCAUUUUUACACCGCGCGCGUGUAGCACGAGAGCAAGAAAACGUCGAAGGCUUCAGAUCUCUGAGAAACGAACUCAUUGCGUACUGGUACACGUAUCUUGAGCGGGAGGAAGCGAAGAAGAAAGCCAUGGAGGAUAACCUGGCCAGGAUGUUAGAAUCAGAUGUAUACCCGAGCCAUGAGUGGGAUAGAAUGUCGAGGGGCAGUUCAAGAACGGUGGCGAGCUCGUCACGCUCGCCGAAAGACACAAUUUCCCAGACGCAGAAACGACCAGCUGCCUUACUCAACGACCGUGAAUCCACUUCUGAGCGGAAAAGGCCUCGACAAGUACCAACCUCAGACGCAUCGGCCGCAUCUAAACGCCGUCUGCUAACCAACGGCUACUCGAACACUCAGGUCGGCCCGCCAAUCGACUCCGUAGACGUCGGCUGUUUCGCACACGUCAAUCUCAGCUCAGAUUGGUAUGGCGAGGCCGGCCCGUCGACGAAGAAACGGAGGAUUGAUUCCGGAUUCAUUGAGAUGGAGGGAGAGAAGAGGAGCCCAAUCAUGGUUACAGAUACAGAGAUCGAAGAAGAGGUGGCUUAUGUCGGAAAGGGAAAGGGCAAGAUGGGCGCCGAGGUGGUAAUAUGCAUUGAUUGA